AUGGGUAUUUUGGAAUUCUUUCGAGAGCCGAUUCCUCCAUAUGUAUUUGGCACCUUUCCUGCAAUUGCAACCAUAGGAACAGCACCAUUUAAUAUCUUCAGAGGAAAGCUAUUAUGGAUAUUUCGGAUCUUAGGAUCCCCAUUCACGGGUUUGUCAUAUUUUUGCAAUGUAAAACACAAUGAUCCGUCGGCAAUGUGCGCAUAUUGGCUUCCAUCAAGAAAUUUUAUAAAUGAAAAUGGUCAAAAUAUCCUCUAUCGACCUUUCGGACAUUAUGCUAUGGAAUUAGAUCCCAAUGACCGUCAGAAGGCAAUGAUUAAUGCAUGCGUAGCAAAGUCAUCUGUUCUAGAACGAUUAGGGUCAUUGGUAACUGUAUAUUUUGUAUUAGUUGGUACGAUUACAGCCAUAGCUAAAUUGGCAGGUAAAAAUCAUUGUGAGGAUUGGACAUAUAUACCAAUGAUAUUAUCCUGGACAUUGCCGGCUAUAUAUAUUCGAACAAUCAAAGGAAGAAUAGUAGUUUUUGAUCCGUGUGAAAAAUUAAGAAAUGAAAGAAUCAUUGUAAAAAAUCUCCCUGAUGGAAGAUCUGACUCGCGCGUUUACAUUUUGAUCACUGCUUUUGUAUCGAUAACAGCACCUUGGAUAGCAGUAUACAUAGCGUAUCUUUCACCCCCGAACAAACCGUACGAGGACAUUGGUUGA